GUUCAAUGGAAUACGGCCUAUGUAAUAAAAUUGUUUGAUUUCUAUUAUGUUUCCUCACCAACGAUUAUUGAUUCGGUGUUUAAGGAGACAUCACCGCAAAAACGCUCCUCUCUCACAUCAUCACAAUCACCUUCAUCGCUGGGCAAGAUAACAGCAGAUGAACAGGCUGCCGAGAUUAAACACUUGAAAGAGGAAAAUGAACAGUUCCUCCUCCACAGCUCUUCGAGAACUGUGGGGGGACCUCGAAAACAAAGCCAACGAUCUUAGCAAGCUCCAGAAAGAUAUAGCCAAGAACCAUCAAGUCAGGAAGAAGUACACUAUUCAGUUAGGAGAGAACGAGCUAGUCCUCAAGGAGUUGGAUUUAUUAAACGAGGAUGCAAAUGUGUACAAGUCGAUAGGUCCAGUGCUUGUGAAACAAGAUUUAGCGGAGGCUAACGCCAACGUUCGUAAGAGAAUUGAGUACAUCUCUGCUGAAUUGAAGCGACUUGAUGGAUCUCUUCAAGAUUUGGAAGAGAAACAACACAGCAAGAGAGAAGCGAUAUUGAAGGUGCAGCAGAGGAUUCAAUCUCAUCAAGCCAGAAAAGCCAAGGCUUAGCCCAUCUUCAUAUGUUUUGCCUUGGUGAACACUAUCAUUCUAGUGGCAUGAUAUUCUAUGACCCAUAGUUGUAAAAUCAUGAUUGCAUGCCUUGGUUGGAGCUGUAAUCGAAUGUUCUUGAACCACAGUUGUAAAAAUAAAAAUUGCAGAACCCAUUUCUGUUUC